AUGGCACUCGAAAACUAUACACUGAGCGACGUGCUGGCUGUUGCCAAGUCUCAUCCUUUUUAUGACCGAGAUGUUCAGUAUCCCGCCGACUCUGAGACGAUCCAGAAACUUCGGGAGGAUUCGAGGGAGCAGCUAACGAGGGCUAGCCUAAAAUUGCAGCCUUUGCUCCGGAAAAAAGACCUCGUAUACGCGAGCAUCACGGGAGGCGGGUUUGGAUCCAAACCCUUGUUCUUUGCGACAGACGUUUAUGAGAACCGUAGGCAUAGGGCCCAGUUUGGUGAGCUUCUUCGAGCUACCGGAGUGGUCAAGCAUGGAGACUGGAUCCUCACGACUCACUGUGCUGGUGAGCUUUACAGGUACUCGUGUCGACUGCUCGAACCGAGCGUGCGAUUUGCUGACCAUCAGACUAGAUCCCUAGACCUCAUGUUGGAGAUUCUGGAAAACGCCGGAGCAUCUGUUCUCAGCGCCGGAAACCACAUGCCUCCAGAAGAAGUCAUUCGUCUCCUGAUCAAGUAUCACAUCAAUGUCCUGACGGGCGACAGCAGCCAGGUAGCCCAGAUCAUCCACAGGAUAUCAGCACUUCCACAAGAAUCACGGGCCCUGUUGAGGCUAGACAAGAUAAUCUACACCUCGGAAGUGCUUACUGCCGCUCAGAGGGCACACAUCAAAACUGUUCUUGGCGACAAUGUCAAGAUCUGCUCGAUAAUGGGCAGCGCGGAAGCAGGGCCCUGGGCGCUCAGCAAUCCGGACCUUACGGGACAAGAGGCGCACACGAGUGAAGCAGACUUCAUUUUCGACACCCGUGCCAUGCUACUCGAGGUUCUUUCGCCUUCAUCUCAGGAUGGUGACUCUGAUCCUGAGCCCGUGCCAGAGGGUCAACAGGGCAUUGUCGUCCAAACAUCCCUGUCGCGUCUUCGCAAUCCUCUCGUGCGCUACGAUACGGGUGAUAUUGGAUCUCUCCACCCUCUUCCUGCCGAGGCACAAGGAUUGGUUCCCGAAGAGUAUUGGCCAUUCUUGCGCGUCCUUCGCUUUCAAGGACGCGACCGCCGCUUCAGCUUUGACUGGGACGGAGAGUACCUCGACUUUGUAGACUUGACAGCUUUAUUAAAUGACGAGGAGUGCGGCGUCCUGCAGUGGCAGGUCAUCCUGGACAAGCUGGAGCCAUCUUUGGAGUCCUCUCUCGAGAUUCGGCUGCUACGCUCACCGCCAAACCUCAAACUCCUGUCGGAGCAAGACCUUGGUGAGCGAAUUAGGACGUUUGUUCAUGCGUAUUCCGCCAACGAACACCGUUUUCGGCUUGUUUUUGUCGCCGAUCUGGAUGGUUUCGAGAGAAGUUCUACUGGGAGAAAAGUCAUCAAGUUUAUAGAUCGCUACAAUUAG